CAAAUAUAUGGUUUCCAUCCUUAGCACCUACACUAUAAAAAUUGUUCCAGCACCCCUGCAUGUAUGUUUGUAAUAUGAUGUGUAUUAACCCCUCUGUGCCAGGUGAUGGGGAUUCAAUGGCAUUUAAGAAUCUUUUCUUCCUUAAUAUAACAGAGAUUUAUGUCAAAAACCAGCCUAGGUGUGAAGUUAGUUCUCGACCCUUUUCUUGUCAUUGCUGGUUUUCAUUAACUUCUGAGGUCAUGGCAAAUUAACACAUCUUUAGCUGUAACUUCUGACUCCAGACUCAAGGGUGUUAUCAAAACAAUAUGCAAAACUCUCUUUUGCUACCAAAGGAGACUGGACUCCACCUUAGGCUCUUCAAGAGUACUGGGCAGGGUAGCAGAAAUUUUUCCACACUAUCAUUUUUUCCCCUUUUUAUUACAACAUAGUCCUGCUCACAAGGAGCAGCUGCUUAUGCAGCACUCCCCCUGCAGCCAGUAGGGAAGACAGGCAGACAGCUAUCAUGCCAUGAAUCAGAUUCUAAGGUGUGGUUAGGAGAGCUUCAUUCCUCGCUGUCUGAAUCAAAAGCAUCACUUUUUGACACUUCUAGUUUUAUACUGACCCGGGGGAAGUCCUGGUUUAUCCUCAAUUAAACGUAUUAUGUGGGAUUAUUUAGUCUAAAUAUCUAAGGCAAAGCAUUAGCUGUAGUACUGCUUUUUACCAGUCAGGUCCCUGAGAAAUUCCACCAGACCAGACCUUUAGAAUGUUUAAAUGACAACGAAUAAUGUAUUCUGUGAGUAGAAUCAUCGUCCACUGUUAGAUUUGCUACUUAGUUUUAGCAUAGGCAGGAAUAUAUUUGAAGACAGUGAAUGCUAAAGAAACUUUUUUGCACAUAAAAGUUUUCACAUGUGCUUUAGUAGUUAUGGAUACAUUGAAUAGACACAUCAGCAAGGGAGCCAUAAAGUGAGUCAGACCAACCAACUCAGAUAUCACAUUUAAUUCUGUAACAAUACUACAGAAAGUUCAAUUGGAGCAGGCUUGCUGACCUCACAGGGAAACACACUAUUUAAGAUCAGGUUACCAGAUGUGCCAACAGAAUUUAGGCAGCUGCUAGCAGAGGUUACCCUGAGUGUUUUAACAGCGAGUAUUUACAAUCUAAUAGCUCAGACAGAAGAAAUGAUCGUGUUAAUUUUCUUUUUUGUCUUGCUGUGGAACGAGGCUCAAAGUUGGGGAUUCAAGAAUGGAGUACUGCAUAACUCUAUUUGGUUAGAGCGAGCAGCUGGAGUGUACCACAGGGAGGCCCGGUCUGGAAAAUAUCAGCUCACCUAUGCAGAAGCUAAAGCAGUGUGUGAAUAUGAAGGAGGACAACUAGCCACAUACCAGCAGCUGGAGGCAGCAAGAAAAAUAGGUUUCCAUGUGUGUGCAGCUGGUUGGAUGGCUAAGGGUAGAGUUGGUUAUCCCAUAGUGAAAGCUGGAUCCAGCUGUGGCUUUGGAAAAAUUGGCAUUGUUGAUUAUGGGAUUCGCCUCAACAGAAGUGAGAGAUGGGAUGUCUAUUGCUACAACCCUCAUGCAAAAGAAUGUGGUGGAAUCUUCACAGAUGCAAAGCACAUCUUUAAGUCACCAGGCUACCCAAACGAGUAUGAAAAUAAACUAAUAUGCUACUGGCACAUUAGGCUACAGUAUGGACAACGGAUUCAUCUACAGUUCCUGGAUUUUGAUGUUGAAGAUGACACUGCUUGCAUGGCUGAUUUCUUAGAAGUCUAUGAUAGCUAUGAUGAUAUCACUGGCUUUGUGGGCAGGUACUGUGGAGAUGAACUUCCAGAUGAUAUCAUCAGCACAGGAAAUCUCAUGACCUUAAAGUUUUUGUCAGAUGCCUCAGUGACAGCAGGUGGUUUUCAAAUUAAAUACGUUGCUGUAGACCCACCUUCAAAACCUAAUGAUGAGAAAAAUGCAACUUCCCAAGGAAACACAAACUUCUUGUCUGGAAAAUUUGGCAUUAUGUGAACAGACAGAUCAACAUCACAGAAAAUGCAGUUGGAAUAUAGAGUUAUUAAGUACAAAUACCACUUGAGAUACCUGUUUUGUCCAAUAAGUUAUAGCUAUCAUACUAUAUUUGGGAUAGCCAGCAGCCACAGUCGCUUUUCAUCUUAUCCUUCUGACUUUUAUAAUUUCUGCUUUAUGUAACUUUUCUUAAUUAAGAAUAUUGGGAAAUAAAUUAAAAAACUGUACUUAAAUGAUAGACAAUUGUUUUCUAGAUCACCAGGAGUCAGUGAAACUAAGAACAUAAGAAUGGACAUACUGAGUGAGACCAAUGGUCCAUCUAGUACAAAAUCCUGUGUU